UGUAUUUUGGAGUUUAGAUAAUAGGUAGGUUAUCAUUUCCAACCAAAAUAUUGUUUGUUUUUUGGCAAUAAUGAAGGAGAUGAAUAAUUUACAUCAUUUUGAUUAUAUGUUAUGGGUUAAAAUUAAGUAUGUUACUUCCUUUUCAAUGACAGUUGAUUAUUGUCUUCUCUUGUGAUAUUGUUGUUAACAGUGUGAUGAGAUGGUGUGAUGAAUGAAGAAGAAUUAGUACAGCGAGCUGCAGAAGAACGUGCAGCAAUCGUUGCCAAGUAUAGACAUGGAAGACAAGACGGAGCUAAAAUUGAUCCUUGGGAAGAUCCAUCAUUGGAAAUUUAUCAUGUUCUGGAUCGAUAUGGGUUUAUCCACGACAAAAACAAUAAACAUUACAGUGAUGAACGGGUUAAAGAAACAACGAAUGAAGCUGAGGUCAAAAUCGAGAUGGAAAGAGUUAAAAAAUGGCUUAAGAUGAUGAAGCAGUGGGAACAAAUAAAAGAUAAUGAAAAGCUAAGAAGGAGGGUGUUCAAAGGAAUUCCAAAUUCAUUACGUGGCCAAGUUUGGAGUAGAAUGCUUAACCUAGAUCGAGUGAAAGGAGAACAGAGCGGAAAAUACCAGGAAAUGCGUGAACUUGCUUGGAAAUGGUCACCAGAUAUUAGGCAAAUUGAUUUAGAUGUAAAUAGGACUUAUCGUGAUCACAUCAUGUUUAGGGAACGCUAUAAUCUGAAGCAGCAAGAGUUAUUUAAUGUACUUGGAGCCUACAGUAUGUACAAUUUAGAAAUUGGAUAUUGUCAGGGUAUGUCACAGAUUGCCGCCCUCUUGCUCAUGUAUCUUGAUGAAGAGGAUGCCUUUUGGGCUUUAUCUGUUCUUGUUUCUGACAAGAAAUAUAACAUGCAUGGAUUUUUCAUUCCUGGUUUUCCUAAACUUUUACGGUAUCAAGAGCACCAUGAUAAGAUCAUGAAUAAAUUUUUGCCAAAGCUUAAAAAGCAUUUAGAUAAAAAUGGAGUCGAUACAGGAAUAUAUACCUUGAAAUGGUUUUUUCAGUGCUUCUUAGAUAGGAUACCAUUCAGAUUGACAUUAAGGGUUUGGGAUGUUUAUUUAUUAUUAGGAGAAAGGAUUUUAACAGCAAUGGCAUAUAAUUUAUUAAAAUUACACCGGAAGAAGCUUAUAAGUCUUGGAAUGGAUGAUAUUCUUCAAUUUCUUCAGGUUCAUCUAGAAAAAAGGUUUGAAGUUGAUGAUGAUUUAGCUAUGGAAAGUCUUGCAAGAUGCCUUGAGGAAUUGAGGAAAAGUAAAUUGGACUUUGCUGGUCCACCUCCAUCCCAUGAACUGCCCCGUCGACCUUUUGGACUUUUCAAAGAACCUUCAUUUGAGCAGAAGGUUGGUAGAAGGAGCAUGGAGUUCAGCAAUGUUGAAAAAUCAACACGUGAGAGUGUGAGCUUAAGAAGGGACACAGCUGCUGCUGCUGCAUUGCUUGAUUCACCACGACAUUCCACCUCAGAUGAAACAGUUUUACCUGGUUCAAAAUUCUCUCUUGAACAGAGCAUGGAUGAUGGUAGUUCAUUAAUUGGUGAUGGUUCUCGGAGAUCAUUAGCUGAGACAAGUAUUACAUCUACCGCAGAUCUAUCUGUGUUUAGCUCAGCUCCACGAUCUCAAGGAGCGGAUACUCAAAGCUUGGAUACAGAUUCAGGAGGACCUCCAACACCUACACCUGAUGUUCUUAGGAUAUAUGUUCCAUAUGAUAAUGGUGAUAUUGUAAGGCCUCCAUCCAGCCUUGAUAACAAAAUCAGAAUUCUUGUCAUGGAUCACACACCCCAAGAAGAAAACACCCCUAUUGUUGAACUGGCUUCUCCUUUCCAUCAAACCAUUGAUCUGAAGGGCUUCAGACUGAAAGCUCCCACCAUCAAUCUAUAG